AGUUGUGAAAAACAACCUGUAAGAUAAAUAAAACAAACAUGCGCAUGCGGCAUCCGUUCCUGACGUGGCGGCGCGAGACGCGUACACAGCUCCUCUCGUGGGCCGCCGCUAUUGGACGCGCACUGUCUAAUAAUGUUCAACUUGAAGGCGCAGGUGUUAAACCGAAACUACCCGCAUGUAAAUAUCACACUCAGUUUUCAAGGCAAUGCUUACAGAACGCAUAACAGACUGAGAGUUUCGGUGAAGCUCUUCCUGUUAUCAAGUGUAAAAAAAAAAAAAAAAAGAAAAAAAAAGUUUCUGCCGAUAGUGAAUUCUGUUUAUUCAUUGAACUUCUUGCAUAAGGCAGUGAUGCCUCAGAUCACGUCAGGUGUGAUCAUGCAGCUCACGCUCCUGCUGUCAGCUCUACCUGCGCAGUAUCUCAUCUCCAAAUGGACGAGCGGCACCGAGACACAACGAUACAUCGCCACUCAGAGGUAAACACACGUGUGAUACACCACGGGACAGAAGAGAAGCUGGGAAUACUUGACACAUGGGACUCCAUAAGAAAAUCCUACUUGAACACAGCUGCUUGGGUUGACUGGCUCAAUACCUGGAUUCCCAAACUACCGUACUUCAGAGAGGAAGAGGAGCAAUACCAAACUCUGGAAGAAACAAUGGCGGUUGAGCUGAUGAUGCAUGACAACGAGCACGGAUACUUUGCAGUGUCAAAGGAGGUGCGAAGCCCCAGGCCGGCAUAUGUGCUGCACCGUGUAGGCCAAGUUGUGAUGGAGACAGAGAAUAUGAUGGUGGGGGUGAUCAUGGGAUGGGAUGCAGGACUCAGAGCCCCACCAGAGUGGAUCAAGAGAAAGAAAUACUCGGACUCAGAGCUGGAGAGAGCCAAGGACACUCCUCAUUACAGAAUUGCGUUCAGUGGACCUGAUUCUUCAUCAGUACUGAUUGGAUACAUUCCCCAGUAUAAUGUCAAGCUCUUUCAAGGCUUUCAGCCGGACAUUCCUCGAUUCCUAGAGCACUACUUUUCACACUUCGAUGGGGAAAAGUUUGUUAUGGAAGAAUGGUUGCAAGAAAUCUACCCUGAUGACUGAAGGACUGAAACCUUGAGAGAGGUUUUAAAAACACUUUGAAAUGCUUGGAAAGUGCAUGAUGACUGCAACCCUUUAUUGACAGUAUUGGUUCUUUUUUAAGCAAUGGUUUUUUAAAGUUUUUUUUUUUUUUGGGGGGGGGGGGGG